GAUACUGUUACUACCGAUCGCUGAAGCCCCGUAGCGCUGCCGGCCAGCACGGUGCAAACUUAAUCACGUUCGUUAUCAGCAUCGGUAAUUCGCUAAACCGAGCGACCGACACCGACGGGCGCACCGAAGUAUGCUGAAGCCGAUAAAGAACUUUUUGACCUAUUUGCAAAGAAAUGCCAAUAGUUCGAACAUUUUCGGGUUAACGACAACAGCAGCAGCAGCAACGGAAAUGGGUCGACCCGAGCAGCCUCGGUUGGAGGAAACGAUUGUGAUUGCGAACGAUGACCUGCUGUCCGACAACGCGGACCCACUGUACGACCCGCUGGCCCUGGACGACUGUCCGGUGGCGGCGGUGCACGAGCACGAGGCGCAGGAGCUGAAUGAUAGCGACCAGCUAGAGGACGAUACGUCCACCGGCAAGAUAAUAUUGGUCGAUGUAUCCACACUGAAGACGAGAAUCGGGCUCGGCAACGACUCGGAGACUGACGAAGACGCCAACGAGGAAGAAGAUGAGAUACUACUGUCCCCUACUGUCUUGCCCGCCGCCAGUGGAGUGGCGCGGAGCAGCGGUGCAAGCGACGAUGGGAAUGACCAAGGAAGCAACGGAGACAGCGACCACCACGCGAUACCGGUAGUCCCGGGAAGCGAACCGGAGCAAGAAGUUCUCUCGGAUAGCGGCACGGUUUUGCUGUUAGACUCAUCAACAGCCUCGGAGAAUGAUGCCUUUACGGUGGAUGUUUCGGAUGAGGAGGUUUCGGUUGAGAAGACAAACAACCAGGACGAAGAGGAGCCAUCGGGCUCGUGCUCGCAGGCAAUCGCAAAUCCGGUAUCGAUGAAUGGCCAUCAUGUCGAAGCGGUGCGCGAUCAGGAUGCUAUCAUGGUGGAGCUAGACGAACCAGAAGCUGCCUGCAGAGUGCCAGACGGCGAACAGAUGACCACCGUGGCUGAGCAGAUAUUACCAGCGGUCAAUGUGGAGGAAGAAGAGGAAGCUAGCGAUGGGUCCGACUCGGGUCUGGGAUUGGAACCGACCUCCACCACCACGGUGGCUCUGGAUGUUGAAAUACUUCCACCGAUGAAGAGUAGCCUUAAACGGCGCUCACAGCCAUCGAACACGGGGACCGAAGGAACGGUUUCGGUUUCACUACAGGAGAAGGAUGAAGGAGUGAGCAGCCACAAGCGAGUGAAGAAGGGCAUCACGUUCGAUGGCGUAACGGUGUACUACUUUCCACGAAUCCAAGGAUUCGGUUGUGUCCCAUCGCAGGGUGGUUGCACGUUGGGCAUGGAAUCUCAGCAUGUUCACUCGAGACGCCUGACCCUGGCGGAGCACUUGGCAGAGCAACGGAAGGUACACCGGCAGCAGCUGCAGGAACUGAAUCCACGCAGCUCGUCGAGCGAGGACACCAGUAGCGAGGAGGAACCGAGCGAGAGUGGCUCGGAGGCCGAAAGCGAAUCGUACGGAUUCCUGCAGCCAGUUACGGCUCGGCAACGGCGAUCGCUCCUGAAGGCGGCCGGCGUACGGAGGAUCGAUCCGGACGAGAAGGACGAAUGUCGCGAGAUACGAACGUCGCGCGAAGUUUGUGGCUGCACGUGCCGCGGGUUUUGCGACCCGAACAUCUGCUCCUGCAGCUUGGCCGGCAUCAAGUGUCAAGUGGAUCGUCCCAGCUUCCCGUGCGGUUGUACGCACGAGGGAUGCAACAAUACGGCCGGGCGGGUAGAGUUCAACCCGGGCCGCGUACGGACCCACUUCAUCCACACGAUCAUGAGGCUAAGCCUCGAGGACAAGGCGAACGAGGUGCGCCGAACGAUGGAUGGUGGUGCGGGUAGCAGUGCUGUUGGUCCCGUCGGUGGACCAAUGGUGACAAACGGAGGCUGUGCAAACGAUGGUGGUGGCGGUGUGAGUGGCGUUGCUGGCAGGUCCGUGGCCGCGGCCACCGCUGUCAACAGUACUAGUAGUAGUAAUUACCUGAAUGCUAGUGGAAAAAAUUGGUCCAGUGGUCCCGUUCGAUUACCUCCGGCAAUGGAUGAAGGGUCGAUGAUGACCGAUCACUACCACCAUCAGCAACAGCAACAGCCACAUCACCAUGCGGUAGCAUCUCACGGGCCCUACCAUAUGGCUGCUGCAGCAUCCGGUCAGCAUCAUCUACUUCCACUACAGCACCCACUCACCACAUACCAUCAGCAUCACCUGCCGCCGCACCUACAAGCGGGGCCAUAUCAUGGAGCCCACGGUGGAGGAGCUGGUGGCGAGUAUUAUGCGUUCCGAGAUUUCUACGGCGGAACAGCUUUGGGAGUGCCGGGAACAAGCACCGGUCCGGAGCACUACUACGGUCACUACGGCGGAUCCGGGCAGAACAGUAUGCCGGCACCGUAUCACACCCAACACACCCACCAUCACACAUCACCACCGAUGAUGAUCGUGUCGCAACAACAUCAUCCGGCGAGCGUUGGCGAAUCCGUUCAUCAUCAUCAUGCCGUGCACAACAUGAACAUGAUGACGACGAGCCAUGAUCGGCAUACAGCCUACGGUGACAGUGCUGCUGGUCCGGCGGUCCCUUCGCCAAUAGCAAUCGAUUCGAGUGCGCCCUGCACCGACACAAUCCUCCCGAUGGGCGAACCAUCGGCUGAUGUGUCCCUGGAAACCAUCGUGAUUGACAGUGCGGACACGUCCACCACCACGUUGGAUGACAGUGGACCGAUCGUCAGCGAACCAGAACCGUCCACUCCCGAGGCACAACCCAAAGACACCACACCAGCCGAAGCGUCCAGUGUGACCUCCUCAGUACCACCCGCCGAUACGAUAUUCUUCGACCUGACGACACCGAGUGCCGUCAAUGCGGAGCGUCUAGAAGCGAUCAACGAUAUGCUAGAGUGCAGCCGUCGGCACUCAAUCAACCUGGCGCGCCGUGCGGCGGCGACUUCGAUUGUGGCCGAGGAGGACAGCGAGUUGCGUGACUUCUGUCACUCGCCGGAACCUUUUCGCACCGUUGCACCAACAGAACCGGACCGAACGACGCAGCGGGCGGUAAAACGACGGGACCAACAUCACCUUCCCAGUGAUACUUCCUCCCAUCUCAUCGUUUCCGAUGACGAUGACGAUGGUGCACAGGCUGUUGACCUGGGCCAGAGUGGCGCUCGACGGGACGGAGACACUGUGUACCUUAACGGAAGUGGCCUAAACUCGGAAGCGGACAGCGGAACGCACAGCAAUGGUACCGCCACGCAAAGCUUAAGCAUGGUCAGUGGGAAGUGCGUUUCGUCGCCUGACGUUUUAGAAACGAAACCGGCCACUCUCCCUCGUAAGCUUCACCCGAAUCUACUUACCACAGAAGCACCGGAAACGGCACCCGAGCUGGUGACGGGUUGUUCGGCGGCGGGAGAAAACGAUGCCAACGAUUGUGUGGUAGUAACCGAAGAGCCGAGCGAAAAUCUAAGCGAGAUUAUUAAGAACAGUAUCGUGGAAACGGCUGUAACGCACUGAUGUGCCCUGUUUCGGUUGUGUCCCUGUCACACCCCGAGAGUGUGACCCCCUCCACAGGUUGGGACUUUCAUGAGUUUGGACAGUCUGCGUUGCGGCGCGUCGAUCUCUGUCGCUUGCCGCUUUUUGCCGUUUACGUUACGAUUUUGAUUGAUGCCUGUGUGUGAUCCGUAAGACUUUCGAAGAAAACAGGUCAGGUUUGGUUAGUAGGUUUUUCGUGUAGAUUUUUACUGUAAACGGUUGGCAGUGUAAAACCAAACGAUUUUACAAUUUACUUUUAUUUGGCGCGUUACAUAUUAUCCCAACAUUCGUUCGUACAGCAGCAGAGCACGCACAGCACUGUAAGCCGUUUUCCGUUCGCUGUGUUAGUGCGCCAUCCGACCGCGGGAUCGAAGUAGAAGACCAAACAGGAGAAACAGGGAAACGGGGCUGUAUUAGGUCAUAAACGGACGACCUAUAACGAACACGUCGGCGGGAAACCUACUACGAAGAGGUUGCCUCAAUUGUACAUAACAACGCCGUGAUUGGUUGGUUGCUAGAACUGUGGCUGCAGGAGAGCAACACACAAUGAAGCGAACGAAAUCUAUCCUGAAGUGAAGGGCAGCAAUCGUCCUGCGGCACCACCAGCACCACCCCAACAAGCACAAGCGGGCAAUCCGUAGCGACAAGAUGUACCUAAACCCUGCUUGUGCGAGUUUGUUGCGUACGAAACU